CGUGAUAGAGGCUUUGAGAUUCCCACGCUUGCCCUUCUGUAAAGUGUAAACAUUUCUAGAUCAAAAAGUAAAGAAAUUAGCACUGGGAGUUGAACAUAAACAUUGUAUUUAAAAUCCUUCAUCAUGAUUGAUAUUGAGGAAAUGAUAAGGGAGAUUAAAAGGAAGGACAAAGAGGAAUCCAAGUCCUUAAACGAUUUUCUACCUCUAGAGAAGAGAUACAAAUCCUAUACUCAGCAGAGAGAAGAAGUAUUUAAAGACAAAGAGCGUAGGAAGGAUGGAAGGAAGGACAAUGAUCACAGAAAAAUAUUCAUACAACUUGGAACUGUUUCUGAUGCUAGGGGAUCUUGCUAUGUGGAACUGGGUGACACUAAAGUUAUUCUCAGUAUCCGAGGGCCGAAAGAAAUCCCUAACAUCCAGGAAUAUACUGAGCUCUGUGCAUUAGAGUGUCUUGUCGAAUAUGCGCCAUUUGUCAAAAAGCCGACGUCCGAUGAGGGUUUUAUGGCUGAGGCGUUGAGACUCGCAUUAGAACCUGUGCUUUGUCGGCAUGAGUUUCCUAAUUUGCAAAUCACAGUAAGUGCAUUUAUAAUCGAAGACGGUGGAUCGGCUUUAGCAGCGGCAAUUACUGCAGCAAGUCUUGCCAUGACACAGGCUCGUCUUCCAACCUUUGGUGUUGUUACAGCAGUCACAGUGGGAAUACACAACAAUAGAGUAAUAGUAGAUCCAUCAAAAUUGGAAGAAGACUUUUGUAGCAAUCCUUACGAUGCCAAAUCUGUAAAAAAUUUCGGGCUCAUAACAAUCGCCUAUAUGAACGACCUUAAACAAAUUACUCUUUAUCAGAUGAAUGGAACUGCAAAACCUAGCCUUUUGGAUCAAGUUCUGCAGGGUAUGUUAAAUCGUUGCCAAGAACUGCACAAACUUUGUGCUCAGCAUUUGAUGAGAGAAUUGAAACUGUCAGCCAAGCACAUAAUAGAUACCGCUCAGGCAAGAGCAGCGGUAGAAACAUUAAACCUUAACGGAUAAAUAUGAACUUAAAAACAAUUAAAGCAUUUGUACAGUUUUUUACCUUUA